UCCAUUAACCGAUAAACCACACCCUCUCAAGCAAACACAAACACUUGAAGUACUAAGUUAGUGUUUUUGAGCAAACUAUGGCUUCGUUUUGUUCUAGAUUGACCAUUUGUUUGGCUCUGUUUGUCCUCAUAUUGGGGAGUGCCAAUGCCCAACUUUCUACAAACUUCUACUACCAUUCGUGUCCAAACCUCUUCUCCACUGUGAAAUCCACAGUGCAAUCUGCCAUAUCAAAGGAGACCCGCAUGGGUGCUUCUCUCCUCCGCCUGUUCUUCCACGAUUGCUUUGUCAAUGGAUGUGAUGGUUCAAUUCUAUUGGAUGACACAUCAAGCUUCACCGGAGAGAAGAACGCAAACCCCAACAGGAACUCUGCUCGUGGAUACGAGGUCAUUGACAACAUUAAAUCAGCCGUGGAGAAAGCAUGUCCAGGAGUUGUCUCCUGCGCAGAUAUCCUUGCCAUAGCUGCCAGAGACUCUGUUCAGAUCCUUGGAGGCCCUAGUUGGAAUGUUAAAGUUGGAAGAAGAGACGCUAGAACUGCUAGCCAAUCUGCUGCUAACAAUGGCAUCCCUCCACCCACUUCAAACCUUAACCAACUCAUCUCAAGAUUCAGCGCUCUUGGACUUUCCACCAAGGACUUGGUCGCCUUGUCCGGUGGUCACACAAUUGGACAAGCAAGGUGCACAAACUUCAGAGCCCGCAUCUACAACGAGAGCAACAUAGACACCGCAUUUGCAAGGACAAGGCAACAAAGCUGCCCAAGAACAUCAGGGUCAGGGGACAAUAAUCUUGCAACGCUUGAUCUUCAAACUCCAACCGAAUUCGACAACUACUACUUCAAGAAUCUUGUUCAGAAGAAGGGUCUCCUCCACUCUGAUCAGCAACUGUUCAAUGGUGGGUCCACCGACUCCAUUGUGCGUGGCUACAGCACCAACCCGAGCUCCUUCUCCUCUGACUUCGCCGCCGCCAUGAUCAAGAUGGGAGACAUUAGUCCUCUCACUGGCUCCAACGGAGAAAUCAGGAAGAAUUGUAGAAGGAUUAACUAAUUACUAAUUGAGUCUCCAAUAUUAAGGGUCCUACUACACAUACGCAAGCAAUUUAAUUGUGUUUAAUAAGUUGUUAAAACAUGUUUUGGUUGUGUUUUGGAUUCCGUGGUGGGUUAAUUUCCUAGUGUAGUUGCUGUUAUCAAUGCCGUAUACGUUAGUGUGUGUUCUACUUCCCUUUAUUUUUGUCUCUUUUUUACUUUUCCUUGACUAUAUUGUAGGAAAAAAAAUCCUUUAUCAAGAAUUUAUCAAGAACAGAGUUUGCUUUUUUAA